CAGAUGAUGAAAGUUAUGAAAACAAUCGCAUUUCUCAUUUUCCGCACGCACUUCGUAACAAAAUGAGGCUUUCGGUGGUAAAUUUCUUCAAGAAAAGUGUAAAUGGACACAUUUUUCGCGGUAAAUAUCGAUUGGUGAAACGGGUAACGCCUCGCUCGACCCAGACACUCAUUCGAGAGUACGAACAAACGGAGGCUAACAUGAAACUGCUGCUCCAUCCGUACCUGUCCAAGGAACAAUCCAGCGGACAUGCGAAGGAGCUGGGUAAGAAGGAACAGCUGGUGGCCAAAUGGCGCGCGGAACAGCUCAAGAUGAAACCGCACGUCACGAUAGCGGAACGAUUGGCACAUCUGCAGGUUAAAAAUGUGUGGGAUUAGCGUAACGGAAGCUGAAACAGUAUAACACCGCUGAAGGUUCGGAGUAAAAGGAGUUCCUUUUAUUGUACAACAAGCAUUUUACAUCAACAAUGCGUUUGAGAGAGUGUUCACUCUUCUCGUGUAUAUGGUAACAGUAGAAUCAAUAGUGAAUAAUGUUACAAUCAAAAUAUAUUACUGUGUGUUGUUCUCGAGUGGUUGCUGAUUGUCCGUCGGCGUGGUCCGUUAAGCCGGUACCCAGCCCAGCGGGUUGGGCGUCAGGUCUUCCUUGUGCAACACUUUACCCUGCGAGGAAUACUCUGCAAACUGGGCCACCACCGGAUCUCGCUGGCAUGAUGACAUCCCUAUCACCCGUCCCCCCUUACCGAUGUAAAACGCCACGAACUUUAGUGCGGCCAGAUCUCCGUCAAUGAUCACCUCGUCGGGCUGCCCGUAUCCGCAAUAUCGGAACGACUUGCCGAACAGUACCGUCCAGAAGAAUGGGACCGCUUUGAGCGGUGUCGCCUUGCCGAUCAUGUUCAGUGCCGCCACCCGGCCGUGAUACUGUGCAAGCGGAUAGUGGCCGAUGGUAGCCUGCUGCCCAUCGUUUGAGUGGACCGGUGCGUUCGCAAUGUCGCCCCCGACAUACACACCUUCCAGAUUCGACUCUAAAUACUGGUCGGUGUUGAUCGAUCCGUUACGAUUCAGGCUGAUGCCCGAACCCUGCAGGAACUCCGUGUACAGCGUCGAACCGAUGCCAAAAAUGCAAAUAUCCGCAUCGAGCAGGGUACCGUCGGUCAGCUCUACCUGCUGCACCGUACCCUCCGCUCCGAUGCACCGCCGGAUGCCGGAAUUCAUCACGAACUGCACGCCCUUCUCCUCGAACAGCUCCAUGACCCGCUGGCCGAUCGCAUCGCCAAACGAUUCCUUCAGCGGAACGGCACCGCGACCGAUGACCGUCACCUUGGCUACCUUGUUCACGCAGUAGGCGGCCGCCUCGAGUCCGAUGAAGCUCGUGCCCAGUAUGACCACCCGCUUUUCCGGCGCGAGUUGCUCGUUAACCUGCUUGGCAUCGGCCGCCGUACGCAGCACGCACACGUUGCCCAGGCUGGCGCCCUCGAUCGGAGGCCGGCGAGGAUUCGAACCAGUCGCAAUGUACGCCUUAUCGUACCGGAUCUUGUACCCAUUGUCGAGCGUGAGUUCGUGCGUGGCACCGUCCAGCUUCGUUACGGCAGUGCCCAGCAUGACCUCGAUGUCGUUCUCGUCGUAGAACUGCUGCGUCCGCAGCAGGACCUUUUCCAGAUUCAGGUCCAUCGUUUUGCUCACCUUCACCCGGUCGUACGGUAGGCAUGGUUCCUUGUUGAUCAUCACUAUCCGCCCGGUGAAUCCUUCCUGUCGCAGCGUUUCCGCACACGUCGCUCCCGACGGGCCGCCACCGAUGACGACGUACGUGCGGUCGUCCUGCGCCGCCCGUCUGGCCAUUACGCGCGUCCGCUUGUUGGUGGCCAGUUCGGUGCGCUUGGCGCGCACUUUCACCUCACCCGCCUCGCCAACGGUGACGCGGUAGCAGGGCAGCGAAUCCAUCCCCGGGAAGUCUUCGAUAUCGCCCGUCUCCACGUUGAAGCACGCUCCAUGCCAAGGGCACCGGACGCGUCCUUCGCCCAGCGCACCGGUCACGAGCAUGGCACCGUAGUGGGAGCAUUUGUUGCCGAUGGCCGAAAGCUUCCCGUUCUGCCGUACCAGCAGCACCUUGCCCUCGCCCAACUCGACCUGCUUCAUCUGGUUCUCGCCAAUCUCCGACUCCUGGCACACGACGGCUUCGAUGAAAUCGUCAUCGUGCGUGCCUGCUGCCCCUCCAUUGCUCAUGGACGUAGCCGCCGUAACCUUGGAUGCUGUGGAGCCAAAGAGAUACGUGGACACAUUAGAACGCAAAGAAAAAUCGAUCGAUUACGCACGGAAAAACACUCGUCCGUUGCGCGUGAAAAUUCACUGUUCGGUAAUUAGGGCUACGAAAUUCCCGGCAGCCUCACUCAAUGAUGAAUCAUCGUCACCCGCAUAGGAAUGUUCACCGAAAAAAAAACACGUACCGAGAUACGACAUCAUCUUGUGACGCACACACUGGAAAGAAUAGUCAACCUGCAAAACCCACCAACCAACACGUUCGCACCGAUCGAAGGAGCCGGAAUUUCUGAUGGAUGGGUUUUUUCCUGUCCCCAACGAUCCGAUUGUUGCUGUGCCGCGCACAGUGCACACUAAUGCGUUACCAAGGCAACCGCACACUGUCACCGCGCGCGCACACACACACAAACACGUUUAGCGUACCGCGACUGGCACACCCACGAACGAACAGCAGCAAUUCGCGCGGUUUUUUGGCUUAGGCUAUUUAGUUGGGCGAUAAAAAAAACCCGCUUCGUGUUGCCCAAAAUUUGUUGUGGUUGGUUGCGGCUAGCUGGCUGCCGUUUUCUGACCGGUCUUUGUCCGAUCCGGUUUUUGUGCGGUGUCUUUCAAGAAAGGGUUGAAUUUGGUACAAGACCUUCGCCGUACUUGAUGGAGUGUUUUUUUGCAAAAUCUCCCUCUCUCUGUCGUUGGUUUUGAGGAAGGUCAUCAACGUAUGCCGAUUUUUACCAUUAAAAUCUAAACCAAACGCUGCUCGUUUCAUCUCGAGAACCGAAUCCAAGUCACGAAUUCGAUUUAGAGACAGAAAGCGAACGGCACUCGAAAGCGAAAAUCAUUCAAGGUUACACAUUGUGUUCCCAUUUUUUUUUUCUUUUAUAACACCAACCACUUUAUGCUUUAUGUUUCGUCCAUAGUAAACGCUCUAACGACUCCCUUCCACCACAAUAUGUAGACGCAAGCGGCAGUCAUAACUUUCACUUCUUCCGAUUUUGUAGAGCGAGACCUCAGCCGCUCGCUAACCACAGAUACCAACAAAAAAAACCACACAUUUCCGCCGUAAUUACACAGCACUAGCGAGUGUGAAGGGCUUAUCUUAGCAGGGCAGCAGGAUAUAGCCAAACAAACCGGUCACUGACAUGAAAUUACACAUUUGAACUUGGCCCGUUGCUAUGGCGACCGGUGACCUCCGAAAACGAAACAAACACCACGCACACGGUUGUAGUCUUACCUUUGUCAAGGGAUUCGUUCGAAUUGCGAACCGCCUUUGACGAACUGCAGCCCAUCUUGGAAUGAAGCCCGUGGUGACAGGUGUUGGUGCCCCGAAUGCCUGAACCACGCUGCCGUCUGCCGAAGCCCAAUGACCCUGGCGUACCGAUCAACAGUGUAGGCCACAGACAAUGUGGUACGAUGGCGACACGAAGACGCGAACAACCACCGAGUGACUAAUGCGAAGGUCUCGACAAGGUAUUGCAGCGGGUCUGACUAAAGGUACUACACCACUGCCGCAAACGAUCCUGUCCAUUGAAAAGGUAGGCGCACGAGACCGUGUACCGGAAUAGUGUUCCGUGUGCCGCGGUCGAUCGUUAACUAAGACCAGCGCCCGUACUCUCGGACCGUUUCAACCGGUUGCACGGUGGGGGGGGUUUGCGCACCGUAACCGCGUGCCACCCGCCGGUUCUGUGCGCUACAUCGCGCAGAAAACGUGCUCGUAGGCAACGGCGGUUCAAUUCGUUCGUUUGGUCGCGUUCGCUACCAUACGUUUAAUCGGCAUUCGACAUCGCGAUCGUGACGUUUCGCCGAUGCGAUUGCGCGAGAAGGAGGAGGAGUGCUGGCACUGUUGAAUGCUUCGCUUUUCGCGCACUCGCUCGGUGGAUGUUAACGACAUAAAAAUGCAAUUGCUAAUGUAUGUAGAACAAGCAGCCUAGUGUAUGUGCAGUAGCAUAUCUACCCAUUACAGUGUUAGAGGUAUUAGAUGUUGAACCAGUUUUUUUUAUUUCAGUUUUUCAAUCGUUGGCUUAACGGCCUUGGAGUUUUCAGCAACGCACGCAUUCGUGUUUUUCAUACCGUUAUUAUUUAAGCACUAUGUAAAUGCUGAAGGUCAUCGUCAUUAGCACAGUCGUUCAGGUUGGAUUUUUAAUCCAAGCAGAUAGGAAUUGGUGAAUAAGGGUGCUCGGUUUGAAAGAUAUAUAGGUAUGUCAAGUUAUGGUAUUGUUGUGCUGCUUAUCAUCAAAAUUGCAAAAAAUGACUUUAAAGUCUUCUGCUUAACACUCAACUGAUAACACAUAUGUAUGAAGGGGUAAUACAAACAAAAAAAUAGACAAAGUCUAACGAAACCGGAAACCUACGCCUAUAAACUAGUAUUUACUCCUGAUAACGUGCAAUCAAUGAAUCACUCGAAUGCUGUCAAUGAUAUAACAAACAGCCUAUCAGAACGUAGCCUCGGCAAGCGAAACUCCAUCCACCAUCACCACCUAUCGUGCUUGUUGUGUGUUUGUCUUUAAGAAAACCUGUCCACGUAGUGCAAUAUCUCGAAGCCCACCUCCACCAUGAUAAGGAUGAUAAUCAUCCACUCCAACCGUACGUGAUGGUCAUCAUUCAGGUUCGAGCUGAUCAGAUCGGCCAGCUCAACACAGUGGUUUAGCUUCUCGUUCAUCACGCGCGUCCGCCGGGAGAUGCUGAAGUAUGCGCAGGUCUGAUUGUACAGCGAUUCCAGCUGCUCCCGGUCCCAGUAAAAGUCGGGCGUGUCAAGCAGAUCCGAGCUAAGGUUGAUGACGUGCCGCAGCGCGAACAGCUCCCCGGUGCGGCGCAGCAUUUCCGGUCGCGUGAUUUUGAUCUUGUUUCCCUUCUUCAGAUCCUCCGUGACGUACGCCAUCGAGUCGAUGUAGCGCUCGAGCGAUGCCUCCCAGAUGCCCAGCUUCACCGACAGGGACAUUGCAUUUGCAAAGGUGUACUUUUCCAGAUCGGCAUCUUCCGACUUCGAAACGUAGAAGCUGUUGUGCUUUAGCCGCGCAAUACCAUCCUGAUUGUAAAGCAUGGAUUCGCUCUCCUCCAGCACGGUACCCUCGUCGUACGAGUCCUGCUCGAACGGGCGCAAGAACCGCAGAAUGUUGCUGCUCUCCAGAUCGGUACAGUUCCACAGCACCACCGUGCCCUCGCGAAAAAAGUACAAAUCUCGACACUCGUCGCCCACCUUGUACUUUGCCGUCACGUGCAGUACGUCCGGUUCCGUGUCGAUAUUAUCGCUGGACAGGAACUGCUUCGGUUCGUACAGAUUUUGUUCGCGCAGUGCUCUCAGCAGCCGAUCGAGAUCGUACUCUUCCGCGGUAGCAAACGCCGUGACCGUCUUGUAGCCGCGGGAAAUCUUUUCGUUCUCGUCCUCCCGUUUUCUGCGCGGCCGUUUCUUCAGCUGCAUGCUUUCGUGCAGACUGAUGAUGGAGGAUGAUGAAAUUUUGUUACAUUGUUGCACCUGUGACGAAGGCCUACCUCGACUGACGAAGUACGGACUGUGACCCAGCUGCUGCGAUGCUAUGGUUAGGGGACCGGAACUUGCCGGCAUCGUGCGGGAGUGUGCAGCUUUCGUCAAUGGAACAUUUCCACCGAUGGUGGUGGCGUUGCUGGAAGCAUUUCUCCAUCCACUUAGCACAAGCGUUGAAGAAACCCGACGGCAACUGUUGAACAAACUUAUGCUGAUAAAACUCGUCAUGUUUAUUGCGAAUUACUAUCGACCGUCAUGUCGCGAAAUUAUUCAACACAGGAGGAUUGUUUUCUUUUGAAUCGAUUGUGCAGCUGUCAGUUGGGCUGAUGUGCGAAGCGACGUCAAAAGAAAUACAUUUCAGUUGUGCAA